AGGUCGCCGGCUGUUUAACUCCGAAGCUGCUGCAGGAGAAGAGCAUGAAGAAGCAAAAUGAACGACAGUGACCUCAGCCGAACGUCCUAGCAGUUGUUGCAUUGUUCCACUAUCCACUUCGACCCAAGGGCCAUCAUUAUUUUCUGUCGCAAUAGAUAUUUACCAAAUAGCCUGACAUCGGUCCUUUUGAAGAAACAUCGCGGAGGAAAGCGGAUCAAUUGUCUGAAACUGCCCGCUAGUGCUUUCCCUGCGCCCCAAAAAAUGGAUAACGCUAAUGGCAAAGCAUCGAAUCAGAAAAGAACAGGCGUUUGCCAAGAUAAUGGUUUGACAAAUGGAUUCCAUCCUACACAAACUGGCAACGGGAGCUGCAGUGCCUUAUGUUCAAAUGGAACCAGUACCAGUGGCGGGUGUUGUAGUAGUAGUAGUAGUAGUAGUAGUGCUGCUGGUGGUAGUGGACAUAAUGGAAUUGAACAUUUCCACGAUCUUCAGUUCCAGGAAGGCGUCCAUAAUAAUGGUUCGCCUCCAAAGCGCUGUAGACUCAGAAGAAGAAUGGAUUCUGGCAAAAAGAGUAGACCGCCCUUCCCCUGGUUUGGGAUGGACAUCGGCGGCACUCUGGUGAAGCUGGUCUACUUCGAGCCCAAGGACUUCACGGCGGAGGAGGAGGAGGUGGAGAGCCUGAAGAGCAUCCGCCACUUCCUGACCUCCAACGUGGCCUACGGCAACACGGGCAUCCGCGACGUCCACCUGGAGCUCAAGAACCUAACCAUGUGCGGCCGGAAGGGCAACCUGCACUUCAUCCGCUUCCCCACCCAGGACAUGCUGGGCUUCAUCCAGAUGGGCCGAGAUAAGAACUUCUCCAGCCUGCACACCACACUCUGUGCCACCGGCGGAGGAGCCUACAAGUUUGAGGAUGACUUUAGGACGAUCGCCAACCUAAAGCUCCAGAAGCUGGAUGAACUGGACUGUCUCAUCCAGGGUCUUCUCUAUGUGGACUCAGUAGGGUUCAAUGGCCAUCCAGAGUGCUACUUUUUCGAGAACCCCUCCGACCCCGAGAGUGAGAACUGUGUCAAGAAAACGUGUUGCCUUGACAACCCCUUCCCCAUGUUGUUGGUAAACAUUGGCUCAGGCGUCAGCAUGCUGGCAGUCUAUUCGAAGGACAACUACAAACGGGUCACAGGCACCAGUUUGGGAGGUGGGACGUUCCUAGGCCUAUGCUGCUUGCUGACUGGCUGCGAGACAUUUGAGGAGGCCCUGGAAAUGGCGGCGAAGGGGGACAGCAGCAACGUGGACAAACUGGUGAAGGACAUCUACGGAGGAGACUAUGAACGCUUCGGUCUCCAGGGGUCUACUGUUGCAUCUAGUUUUGGUCAUAUGAUGAGCAAGGAGAAGCGUGACAGCAUCAGUAAGGAGGACCUAGCCCGAGCCACUCUCGUCACCAUCACCAACAACAUUGGCUCUAUUGCUCGUAUGUGUGCGGUUAAUGAGAAAAUUGAAAGAGUGGUGUUUGUUGGGAAUUUCCUGAGAAUCAAUACUGUGUCAACGAAGCUGCUUGCUUAUGCCAUGGAUUUUUGGUCCAAAGGACAAUUAAAAGCUCUCUUCUUAGAGCAUGAGGGUUAUUUCGGGGCCGUCGGUGCCUUCCUGGAGCUACUGAAAAUGACGGACGACCUUUAAGACGGACAGACGGAUGCAGACGAAACCCUAACUCUCACCACAAGAUGCUGCUGCUCUACAGUUCCGGAAAAGCCACUGACUGGCCAAAAUGGUGGAAAAGCCACUGACUGGCCAAAAUGGUGGAAAAGCCACUGACUGGCCAAAAUGGGGAAAAGCCAUUUGAAUAGUAUAACUGUUUUAAGAGGUUCUGCUAAUUAUCCUCCUCCUCGUCUGCUGAUGUUUUAGAAAACAGAUUUUUAAUAUUAUGAAUACAGGCUGGAGGAGAUGAGGUUGGCAUUUUGUUUGCCACUUUAAAGUAAACAUGUGUGGUACUUCCUGUUUAUAAAAGCCCUAACUGUAUAUUGUGUGCUUAAGCCAAACGCUACUGGUCCCUGAUAGUAUGUGUGUUUUGGGACCAUAUUUGUUAUUUUAUUUUUACAAGAUGUAAGUAGCUAAAUUGAUCUUUAAAUUAGGAGCAUUAGCUUUCAACUAGCCUUCACACUUUUUUUCCUAAUCAAUCAUCCUAACCCAUUGUUCUGUGAUAUGAUUUGAGAUACAAUCAAAUGUAUUAUCCUACUGUACAUGGGAAUAGUAAGCAGUUACUAUAUCAACUGCUUCUGUCAACCCAUCAUCUGUGGUUUGGCCAAUUCGUGAAAUUUUGACCAUUAAGCAGUAGCUAAAUUGGACAUCAAAUGUUGCGGGUUGAUUUUGUGAAAUAAUACGCUGCAAUACCUCAAAGAACAUUUUACAUAAUGGAUAUUUUUUUAUCAGUAGCAGUGGAAUGACCAGUUCCCCAAAUCCUUCCUCUGCAUUCACUUCUGUCUCUCCUUCCCUGUUCCAUGCCUUAUAAUUCUGUCACUGUUUUAAGGAAACUGAUAACUUUGGGACCAAGCAUUCAGAACUAAAUGAUCCUUAGAAACUUCACAAAGUAGAUGUUCCUCAAAAAAGCCUACUCACUGACAUGGACUAGCAUAGCAGGUGCGAUACAAAGUGUCCUUUGUGAGUCAUGAGAUUCCAAACCUUUACACGAAGGAACUUUUUAAGAGUUCUAAAAACGAGUUAAUUCUACAGUUAUGUUUUCAUUCUCAUCAAAGUGGGUGUCCAUUUAUGCCUGACUUCCUACCUGUAGUAAUCAGUAUGUGUUUUAUGAUUGUAAUUGAAUAUGUUUUUGAUGUACUGUAUUGAGUACUCUAGUCGAAAGGAGAUUUGAUUCUCCUACGGUAUCUCUUGGUUAAAUUUCAUGACAUUUCAUGAUGGCGUUUUGGUUUCAAGUGAAACUGCAUAGCUGGCCUGUGAACCGCCGUGUGCUGCAUACCCUUCUGCCUUCCUGCCCUCUUCAGAGGGUCCCGUGACCAUCCUCCUCAUCCAAACGAUACACCCAGGCUGCGUCUAAAAUGGCACCCUAUUCCCCAUGUAGUGCACUACUUUUGACCAGGGCCCAUGAUUUUGGUCAAAAGUAUUGCACUAUAUAGGGAAUAUGUUGCAAGCUUGGACUCAUACCCAGACUGACUUAGCUAACAUCAUACAUUUUUAUUUUUAAUCCCAAUGCAACCUGUGGGGAGUUUUCAGCUGUAAAUUAGGACAGAUGGUCAAAUGUGCUUUAUGCUUUAUUACUGUAUAGAACAUGGCGAAUAAUAAUAUAUGUAACUCAGAACCUGAUUGAACUGGAUUACUGACCUGGGCCUUGCUAUAUAUUCAGCCGUGCUUCAUUGUCGUCAUUAAAACUGUUCUCUAAACUGUUUUGUCUAACCUGAUGAGAUGUUGAGUUUGUUGCAUUCACAUCCUGAUGUACCGCCUUUUCCCGUUGUGCCUAUAACACUUGUUUAGUGAAGGAGGUACAGUAUUUCGUGACGCGUACAGUGCCUAGUCAAAGUCUACAGACUCUUGCACUGCUUUCACACUUUGCCUCCUUAAACUUCAAACUAUAAAGAGAUUACGUUGAGACGUUCUCCCACGGAUCUACGCAAGCAUUUAGUUUCACCCGCAGUAGUAUCUGGUAAAUAUGUGUAGGUGACCAAUACAUUUGAUUUGGAUUUGUAUUUUUUAGCUACUUCACAUUUUCAAAGAGAAAGAAACAUUUGACAUUUUCUGAAAUUAUUUUUUUUUUAAACAAAGAAGUCUUGAUUGCAAAGAUCUUCACACAUCUAAAAUACUUUGACGAGCAAA